CACACUGGAGCAUUCCUGUGCAGCUUCAACUCCAGCAGCUCCUCUCACACUCCGUCCGUAACCACAUCUUUGUCCACAUUUACUCCAAAACGAUGAAACUUGCAUACUGGGACAUUCGUGGGCUUGCCCAGCCCAUCCGCCUGCUGCUGGAGUACACCGGCACCUGUUAUGAGGAAAAGUUUUACACAUGCGGUGAAGCUCCCAACUAUGACAAGAGCUGUUGGAUUGAUGAGAAAAACAAGCUUGGGAUAGACUUCCCAAAUCUGCCUUAUCUGGAAGACGGAGACCGAAAGAUCACACAAAGCAAUGCCAUCAUGAGAUACAUUGCCCGUAAACACAACCUGUGUGGAGAAACUGAAGAUGAAAAGGUGAGGGUGGACAUAAUUGAAAACCAGGCAAUGGACUUCAGAAAUGGCUUUGUGAUGUUGUGCUACAUGGAUUUUGAUGGUAAGAAAGAUGGAUAUAUUGAGAAUUUGCCAAAUACUUUGGGUCUGUUCUCAAAGUUUUUGGGAGACAGGACAUGGUUUGCUGGUAGAAAGAUCACUUUUGUGGACUUUAUCAUGUACGAGCUCCUGGAUCAGCAUCGCAUGUUCAGACCGUGCUGUCUCAACAACUUUAAAAAUCUGAAGGAUUUUCUGGACCGAUUUGAGGGGCUAGACAAGAUCAAGGCCUACAUGAAGUCUAAUCGCUUCAUCAAGACUCCCGUCAACAACAAAAUGGCCAAAUGGGGAAACAAAAAGGAGUAACUCAUAAUGGCAAAAAAUAUGCUGACUAAACUAGGGAGUAGUUGGUUAAUGCCCUCAUAACACAAAGCAUCUGUCUUAUGUAGGUAUGGCAAAAAUUGAGUUGGAUCAAAAUUAUGUUGAAAGAACCAAGUUUGUUUGGAUUUUGUAAUUUGAAGGAUUUAAUUUGUACUGUAUCAGAAACCUUUUUUGAAUAAAAAUAGAGCAAAAAUAC